AGAGAUAAAAAAGGGGUAGAAUACUCGGAUAAAGAAAAGAGGGGAAAAUGGAGGAGACCGACGGGCAGAGAGCGGAAGCAAUCGCAUCAAAUCCUCCGAUUCGCGAAGACCAUCAGGCUUCGAAAGCCAAAGAAGGACGCGAGCUCACCCCGUCGGAUGACGGCGUAUGGUCUCAUUCCUUGAUUCGCUUUAUUAUGUUUCUUUCGGUUCUUCCGGAAAAUGGAAUUUGCUCCACUGGACAGUUCACUGGAACUGCUGCUACUCCUUCAAUCCCCAUUUCACUGCCACAAGCUAUCAAAGAUGCACAAGGCAUUCAGGAAGGGAAGGUAGUUUCUGGCAAUAAUCUCAAAAGCACCAUUAAUAACCAACAACAGGCAUCAAGUCAGUCAAAGAAUAAGAAAAGUAUUGGCAGUAAUCGAGUUACACUUAAAUCUGCUAAUCCUCGAUGGUAUGCACCUUCUGGAGGUAGCAAUAACCUAGUGAUACGCUUCUCAGAUGAUAGUGGCAGUGACUCUGAAGAACACAGGGAAGAGAAAACUGUAGAAAAUAAGUCCAAUUUGACUGGUGUAAAACCUGCUGUUUCGUCUGUUGAAAAAUUGAAGAAAUUAGGUCAUAACACCAGAAAUGUUAACAAAGUAAUGCCCAAGCAGUUGCCUUUAAAUCGUACAGGUGGCUCAUCAAUGACCAAAACAUUUGGAGGGGCCAACUCUAGGGGUGUUGGGCCAUCAUCAAUGAGUAAAGGAUCACGAGUUAAAUAUUUUAAUACGCAACGCAAGAGUUCAGCAAGCCAUGAGCAUGGAAAUAAUCAAGCUGUGAGUUCGAACAGCAGCAAACUGCGGGACUUAAGGCAGCAGAUUGCUCUUCGGGAAAGUGAAUUAAAGCUUAAGUCUGCACAAAACAAGGAGAUGAUUUUGGCUGCAGUCAGGGAUAGUAAUCCUAUGGACCUAUGCAAUAAGAAGUGGAUUUUAGCUUCUGCUGAUGGCAAUCUGUCAGAGCCAAAAGAACCAGAUAACAAACGCUUGAAAGUUGGAGAAUCUGAUUUUAUUCAUAUAAAUUUGGAUGGUCAAGGAGAAAUACCUGCUGUAAAAAUUUUACUAUCAAAAGAACCAGAAUUGAAGAAAAGCAGUGUGCAGGACAGGAACGAAGUUGAACAAAGGCAGAAAAUCAUUUCAAUGAGCACUCCUGAGUCAAGCAUUGUUAGACAGCAUAAGCAUGAUGAUAGGGUGGUGGAUAUCUCAUCACAGAACAUAUAUGAUACCACAAAAGAUGGUACUAAUAUACAUUCCAAUAGUCAAUCUGAAAGGAAUGGUAGGCUGGUGGAUUCCUGUGCUUUGUCAAAUCAAACUGCAAAACUAGCAAAGAUUACCCCCAGUAAUCUAUCAAUGACUUUGAACGAUCAGGAAUUGAAUCAUCCAAGUAAGGUUGGCGGACAUAAUCCACCAAGAUCAUUGUUAAACAAAGCAACAAGUGAACAGAAUUUAGUGAAUGGUAGCAAUUGUGAUAAAGUCAUGUAUGGUGAUAAGAUGCCUGAGCCUUCCUUCAAAGAUAAACGUCAGCAUGGUAAUUUAGAUAUGCAAACAUUAAUUGAAUUGGAAGAAAAGCUGGACAAGGAGCUAGAAGAAGUGCAAGAGCACAGGCGCAGGUGUGAAAUUGAAGAAAGAAAUGCUCUUAAAGCCUACAGGAAAUCCCAGAGAGCUCUCAUAGAGGCUAAUGCCAGAUGUACUGAACUCUAUCGCCAAAGGGAACUUUGUGCAGCUCGCUUUAGAUCUUUUAUUGUGGAUGAACCCAAUUUAUUGUGGUCCUCCGGGAGACAUGAAAGUGCUGGUAUUGUAUUGGAUACUUCUAACAAUGUACCUGAGAACAUGGACCUUAUACCAGCAUCAAACCAGCACUUUCAGCAUGACUAUCAUCGGUUCAAUCAGCCUGCACUUAAGCCAAGUGCCCGUUGCAUCAAUUUAGUUCCACAUAAUUUGUCCUACCAGCAUGAGAACGGAUUAAACUUAGGGUCUGAACCAUGCAGUGAGCCAGAUGAUAGUACAUCAGAGCCAUUGCCUCAUAAUAGCAACAACACUAUUAGUGGAAUAAGAUCUCCAUGCAGCGAUCCUAUUGUUUCAAUAGAUGAGGAUGAAGAGACAUCUCUGAUGGACCAUGAUUCUAUUCAACCAAGCUUUGAGUAUCAGCACAAGAAUCGAAAUUCUGAAGUAAUUCAAAAGGGCACAGAUGAUAAGUCAAACAAAAAUUGUCAUGUUGAUGCCUCUCAGGAUUCUUUGCUCCUGGAGGCAACAUUGAGGUCUGAACUAGUUGCACGGCUGACAAGAAGAACUUUAUCGAAGAAUCUUUCCACAUCUUACAAUGUAGAGCCUGUAGUUGAUCGAGGAGCUGAAAGUGAUGUUGGAAGUGAAAAAACCCAGAUGAGCAAUGACAGUGUUACACUCCCAGUUGCAGGAAAAAAGAUUCAAUGUGAUGAUGGAGGUGAGGGACCAAAAAGAGUUACCUCUGAAUCUCCUAUCCAGAAUGAGGAAGAAUGCCAUACCGGAAAAACUGUCUCAAAGUUUCUAUCUACUUUUGAUUCAGAGGACAAUGGAUCUUCCAUUGGAUGCCACUUCUUAAUAUCUAAAAUAUACAGACCUCCUUUCCUCUUGAGGAGUACAUUUGGUCAUAUGAAAGUAAUGUUCAAUGUCACUUCAACUAAUUUAUGGACUAGACAUGAGGAGAACCACACAUACAAUUUUGACAGUGAAGAGGGUGCUGUUGUCAAAUUUGACAAAAUUGAGCAGAGUGUUCAAAAAGGAAACUUAGUGAAGGAGACACCAUGGGGUUUCUCUACAAAAGGAAUGGGUUUUUAUACUUGUGGUCUUGCAGUUGAUCCCUCUUGGCCUCUUUGCAUGUACGAGCUCAGAGGAAAAUGCAAUAAUGAUGAAUGUCCUUUUCAACAUGUUAAGGACUUCUCUGACAGAAAUAUGGUUCAGGAUCAACAUGAUUCUAAUGGUGGUAAGAAUAGUCCUCUUAAUCUUAGAAAGACCUCCACCUCUGAUUGCUCAUCUCUUUCAGAUAAUGCUUUUGCAGAGUGUCAGAUUGCAUUACAUCAACAGCAAUGCGAUGGUGCUAGAAAACCUUCUCAUGAUGUUUUACCUUCACCAACUUACUUAGUCUGCUUAGAUGUUUUGGAAGCUGACCAACAUUCACCAGAAUCUGUCCUGGCAUGGAGAAGUGUAGACUGCUGGUGGAAGUGUUUCAGUAUUUGCUUAGCUUUAUCAAGUUUGCUCCAUAAAGAUGUAUCUGGAGAUGAGUCAUUCUUGGAUGGCAGUGAUGGUCGCAUUCAGAUACAUGGCAGUUGGAGUAGACAAUCAUCGUACUUCGAGAGUAGAAAUGGCAUAGUGAAUAAACCCAACCAAGCUUUAGGUACAUAUAUCCAAUCACUGGAGACAGCUUUGCUUAUUCUCAACCAGGAGGUUAGCAAAGUGGUGGGAAUAAAAAAGGCUCUGUCUUUGCUGUCACGAGCCCUUGAGGCUGAUCAGACAUCAGAAAUUCUCUGGAUUGUUUAUCUUGUUAUCUGCUAUAGUGACAUGAAACUUGUUGGCAAGGAUGACAUGUUCUCUUAUGCGGUCAAACACAAUGAAGAAUCAUAUGGGCUUUGGCUUCUGUACAUCAACAGUCGGAAAAAACUUGAUGAACAGCUGGUUGCGUAUGAUGCUGCCCUCUCAGUGCUUUGCCAUCGUGCAUCUGCUUCUGACAAGGAUGAAAUGUAUGCUAGUGCAUGCAUCUUAGAUCUGUUCUUGCAAAUGAUGAACUGUUUUUGCAUGUCUGGGAAUGUUGAUAAAGCCAUUCAGAGAAUCUACAGACUUUUACUUGCCACCACCACAGAUACUGAUGAACCUCAUUCAAUGAUGCUCACCAAUAUCCUCACAUGCUUAACAAUUUCUGACAGGUGUAUAUUCUGGGUUUCUUGUGUCUACUUGACUAUUUACAGGAAGCUUCCUGAAGUCAUUGUAGAGCAGUUCGAAUAUGAUAAAAAACUCCUUCCAGUUGACUGGCCUCCUGUUAAUCUGGGUCAUAAUGAGAAACAGAGACUUCUGAAGUUGGUAGAAGCAGCAGUAAGGUCUAUUGAAUUGGGCUUCAAUGAUGAAUCAUUUAAGAGUGAAAUUGAUCUCAGAUCCAUGCAAAUUUUUGCUCUCAACCAUAUUAGGUGUAUGAUGGCCCUUGAUGGUGAGGACUGCUAUUGGAACUUGUGUGAAAAGUAUACUAAGUUGUAUCCUUCCUGCUUAGAACUAGUUCUGAUGUUAGCAAGAAUGCAAAAAAAUGAUUCUCAGAAUGUUGGCUUUGUGGGGUUUGAAGAAGCUGUCUGUAACUGGCCUAAGGAAGUUCCUGGCAUUCAGUGUAUCUGGAACCAAUAUGCUGAAUAUGCUUUCCAGAAUGGAGAAGCUGAUUUUGUGAAAAAACUCAUGGCACGCUGGUAUGACUUAGUUUGGAGAGUUGAAAAUCCUCAAAAUGAAAUCAUGGAUGCUGCAAGUGGUUCUACAUCAAACCAGAUGGAUUUGAUGUUUGGAUUUCUUAAUCUUUCUCUUCAUAAAUUUUUGCAGAAUGAUGUCUUUGAGGCUCAAGUAGCUAUUGACCUUGCGUUGAAGGCUGCUGGUCCUGGGGGUUUCAAGCAUUGCAUUAGGGAGCAUGCUACAUUUUUACUUACUAAUGAGUCUCUGUUAAAGGAGGAUGCUCCUAUCAGUCAACAACUUUACAUACUGAAAGUGUAUUUGGAUACCAUCCGGACCUUCCCAAUCUCAGAGCCACUAUCUAGAAAAUUUAUUAAUGAUAUUGAGAAGCCGAGGAUCAGGCAACUAGUUGGUAGCAUGCUGUGUCCUGUCUCGUAUGAUUUUUCUCUUGUGAACUUGGUUCUUGAAGCAUGGUAUGGGCCAUCUCUUUUACCCCCAAGGAUAACAAAGGCAAAGGAUCUGGUUGACUUUGUUGAAGCUAUAUUGGAGAUAGUGCCUUCCAACUACAAGUUUGUGAUAUCUCUCUGUAAGCUGUUAAGCAGAGGCUACCAGUAUGGUUGUUUUGCUUCUUCCAAUAUUUUAUUUUGGGCAAGCUCAACCUUGAUGAAUGCCAUCUAUUGUGCUAUCCCCAUUCCACCUGAGCAUGUGUGGGUUGAGGCAGCAGGAAUAUUGGGCAACAUUCUGGGCACUGAGGCAAGACAUGAGAGAUUUUAUAAGAAAGCUUUAUCGGUAUAUCCAUUCUCUGUAAAGUUGUGGCAAUGUUAUCAUAACCAAUCUAAUACUACAAACAGAACCAUUGUGGUGGAAGCUGCAAGAGAAAGGGGCAUUGAACUUGAUUGAUAUCUUUAUUUGGUUAGUGCAGUAGCAUCAGCAUUUGUUGCACAGAGUUACAGCGAGUUUUGGUUAUGAUUCUAGAAGAUGUGAAAAAAUUAGGGUUUAGAGAAACACAGAAAUGCAGGAAGAAUGGGAACAUAAUUAGGUUAACAGCAACUGGUGACCAUCUUUGCAUGCUAUUCUAAUGUGUUGAGUCAGUUUUAGGUUAGAAUCCCCCAAUUUUGGUGUUUUUUCUGUUUUCUUUAAUUGUAACUAAGCAGGUCUUUGUAUUUUAUUAACGGAUUUUGCUGAGAGUGAGUUGCAUUUGUCUCUUUAUGCUUUUCAGCUUGUGUACUCCUUUCUGCACUUGCUCUUAUUGUAUGUUGGCAGGUGACUGAUUGGAGAAGAAAAUCUGUCGCCUGUUUUUUUUUUUUUUUUUUUUUUUUUUUUUGGUUUACAGUGAAACAGAGUUUCUUAUUCUACAAACAGGAAAAAAUUUGUGGGCAGCUACAGCAGACUCGUUUGCCUGUACAGAAUUGAAUUUUCUCGUUGUCUUCUGCUUUUUGUGAAAUUCAUGAGGGCUAGUAUUCAUUGGCUUUUUUUUUUUUUUUAAUGUCAUCUAUUACUAAUAAAAUCCUCUAGAGCUCAAUUCAUAAGAGGCUCAUUGCCUUGAUUGGAAUGAAGAACAGACUAAGGGUCCUAUAUUUUUUAUGUUUAGGACCUGAAGGCACAACAAAGUGUGGUUUGGACU